AUGUAAACAAACAUUUUUUUUUAGCAAGUUGCUUAAAUUAUUAUUUUAAAAGCCUAUAUAUAAUCAAAUAUCUUUUUAUUAAUAUUCUACCAAAAUGCUGGGUGUGCGUGUAACGAGUCUAAACGAAAACUUAGGGGAACCAGAGCAAGACGCUAAUUCAGCCCUUACCGAGCUUGAUAAAGGGCUCAGGUCUGGCAAAGUAGGAGAGCAGUGUGAGGCAAUAGUAAAGUUCCCAAAGCUGUUUGAGAAAUAUCCCUUUCCAAUUCUUAUUAAUGCUUCACUAUUAAAACUGGCCGAUGUAUUUCGCAUGGGCAACAAUUUCUUAAGACUUUGCGUCUUAAGAGUUUGCCAACAAAGUGAAAAACACCUAGAUAAAAUGUCAAACGUUGACGAAUUCGUGAGACGCAUUUACAGUGUAAUACAUUCGAAUGACCCAAUAGCCAGAGCAGUAACUUUAAGAACCUUUGGGGCUGUAGCCUCAAUUAUUCCUGAAAGACAGCAGAUCCAUCAUAGCAUCAGAGGGAGCUUAGAUUCCCAUGAUAAUGUAGAGGUGGAAGCUGCUAUUUAUGCCGCUAUGAACUUUGCUGCUCAGUCCAAGAGUUUCGCGGUGAGUAUGUGCAAUAAAGUAUCAGAAAUGAUUCAGGGUCAAGCGACUACAGCCAACAUGAAGCUGCAGCUCAUACCCAUACUGCAGUAUAUGCACCAUGAUACAAAUACAGCAGCUAUGGCUAGAACUUUAUGUUUGGAGCUGCUUCCUAGCUAUCCUGCUCAGGAUUUCGUCCUGGUUACGUUGAAUACUUUGACUAAGUUAGCCGCCACCACUCUGGUGGAUAUACCGUGUCUGGUCAGUUUGUUAUUGAAAUAUCUUAAAAGUGAUCCACGUUGGCAGGUAAAGUCGAAAUCUUUACAACACUUGUAUGAACUGGCGAAACCUGGGGCUCAUAUCUGGCCACCCGGUUCAGUUGAUGACUUGAUAGGCUAUGUGUUUUCCACUGAUAAGAACCAGAUAUUGAUACUAGGGUUGUGUGUAAUACAGGUCCUUGUGGAAUCUCCAAAAAUGUGUUAUGAACAUAGAACAUCAGAGACAAAAUUAAGGCAGUUGUGCGAAAGGCAUUGCUACUCAGAACAUGUUGGAAUUGCCGCCCAGUCCAUUCAGAUCUUAACAGAAAUUGUGUGUUGCUGUUUCGGUAAAAAUCUGCAGCCUGAGGGCUCCGAAAAAAUACUUACCUCUGUCCAAAUGUUGAUUCUCCUUUUGACGAGGGCAGAAGAAGAAAAAGAAAUAAAAUAUUUAAAAACAGCAUUAAAGUGCGCCGUAAGGCUGUGCCAAGUCAAACCAGAUUAUUGCCAAAGGUUUGUUGAUUUACUCGGUUGGGUCAUUAGCAAUCUUGAAGGAGAAUUUAUUAUAGUUAUCUGUGAGGCUUUGGGGGCAGUAGCAAGCCUUAAACCGGAAGCAUUGCUACCACAUCUUCCGUCAAUUUGCACCAUUUUGGUUAGUAUUACCCAGGAGCAAUAUCCAACAAAAAUCCAAAGUAGCACCAAAAUCAUGAUGUGCACCCUCAUAUUUCAAAUGAUGAGCGGUUACAAGUGGAACGACCAGGCUCAAGGAGCCAUUUUUUCCGCUGUUGCUAAUAAUGAUUUAUGGUCUAAUUACUGUAUAGCGAGAGCUGCAGUAAGAUACGGCCACCACCAAAUAGGCACCUAUAUUUUUCAACAAUUGACUGAGCAAGUCAGUUCGGAACAUUUCCACUUCUGGCUCUCUUGUCUGAAAGAAAUGAGCGAGGCAGAAGCUCUACUUUAUAGUGAGGAUUCUAAAACUCUCGUUUCCAGGUUGGAUAAAGCAGUGAUCCAUUAUAAUAAGGCCAUUGCCGCCUUGAAAGCCGCCAGCACUCCGUCUCAUAACCUGACAUUCCAAGCGGAAUACAUGAGGAUAAGAUGCGAGUUCUUGCAGUCUUUGGCCCAGCUAGUGUAUACUUGUAAUAUAUUGUGUAUAGUGCCUCCGCCCGCUAUCGCAGCCACCAUAGUGCAAAAUACAAGGGAUGAACAUCAGCGGCACGGAUAUAUAACGAACCAAAUGAGAAAGUGCGUCAAAGAAUUUAAAAAUUGCGGAGAUUUGUAUUGGAAGUUGUAUCAGACCGCCUUCGAUGCUGAUCCGUCCACUUUGGAAAAUAUGCAAAUUCUUCAACAAGCAUGUGUGUUAGUAGAGCAAUGCCUGGAAACAGUAUGCACCAGUUCGUCAAAGAUCAGGGAAGUCCCGAUGGAGUUUGGCACGACAAGCAUGAAACUUGAGUCUAAGGAGUUGGUGAAGGCGUGCGACAGUGCAUUUUGGGCCGGGCAGAAGUUGUUGGAAGACAGUGCAACUGCAACGAUAACCCAUCGACAAGUGGAAAUUUUGAAAAAAAUCGUCGAAAUCAUUGCGAACGCCUCCCUACCGAUCCCGAGGUUUUUCUUUCAAAUUUUACAAUCGACUAGUGUCAAACUGGCGAUUUCUCCCCAACCGAGAGUCAUGGGGGAAUUUAUUAGCGUUCAAGCGGGUUCCCAGCUGGCCGUGAAAGUGGAGGGUGUAAUACAACACGGUCUGAAACCUGGAUUAUAUAGGAGAAUCGAACAAGUUGUCAUUAGUGUCACUUCGCAGCUGCAGUGUCCGGCCAAGAAUAAGGAGAUCGAUCCUAAGAUUUUGGAGCAAGUGUCGGUGCUUUGUCAAACAGUUGCCCCGCAUAAGGACUUCUUUUCUGCUCAGUUUCUUUUGGCAUUUCCUAGAGGAGGACAAUAUUUAUUAACGGUUGAGGCUUCGGUAAUAGACGAGGAAAACAGCACGUGGAAAACAGGGCCAAAAAGCUCCCUCACCGUUAAGGUUCCGGAGGAACAGAAAAUGAUUCCCAUUUCUGUUCCCGGUAUAUCGACGGGUGCAAAUGCGAUCCUUAUGCCCGAAGACAGCCUGUUCAUCAAACCGUAUCAAAAAAAGCCCAUAUAAUUUAUGUAUAAUAUUCGCUUUAUUAUAAUAUAAUAUAAUAGGUUACAAAAAUAUAGAAUAUAAGACUAAACUAACAAUUAAAAAACUGUAAUAUAUUUUUUUUUAAAAAAUAGACAGCAUCUUCACUAAAUAAAGCUAGUCAGCCCCUU